CCUGCAGUGCAAAGGCGAUUAUCACACCUUCCAGACACUCAGCGAGACUUCGCCAUUGGCGCCACGAAAGCAUUGCACAAGGGAAAGCUUGGUGAACCCUCAGGGAGAGGAGGAUUCUGUUUUCCUGAACUGCUGAUCAUUACUGAGUUCCUCCUCCGCUGUGACACAAUGGCCUUGGGAGGAAAGGAGACGGUCAAAGCCUGAGACUCCCAGCCACACGCCACCCCCAAAAUGGCCUCCCAAGAAGUGGCUACAGAUGGGUUGGAGACAGAAGGAGCUGGCACCCCAGGCAGCCAGGUAGAAUCAGAUGGGGUGAAUAUUUCUAUUUACCGGCCCUUGAAUGAAUCACAUUACCAAGAAGGAACGUUACAAGCCCUUGGGGCCGUCCAGAUCCUGAAUGGAGCAAUGGUUCUGGCUCUGGGUAUCUGGCUGGCGUCCUUACUGUAUCUGUCUCACCUCUUCAGACACUUCUUCUUCUUCACCUUUUACACAGGCUAUCCACUGUGGGGCCCUGUGUUCUUUAUCAGUUCAGGAUCGUUGUCUGUUGCUGCAGGGAGAAAUCCUACGAGAAUGCUGAUGCAAAACAGCUUUGGGAUGAACAUUGCAAGCGCUACAAUUGCCUUGGUUGGGACUGCUUUCCUCUCAGUCCAUUUAGCACUGAACAGCCAGUCUUUCAAGGGUUGUCAGUCUUCACAGUCUCCAGACUUAUGCAUCUACAUGGGUUCCUCGUCAAAUGGCCUGGUGUCCCUAAUGCUGAUCCUGACUUUGCUGGAACUGGCCAUUACUAUCACUAUGUCUGUUAUGUGGUGCCAAGGAAACUUCUGUGAUUCAAGAGAGGAAGUUUACCCACCUUCGAAUCCUGGGGGUUCAGAAAUACCUGCUGAUGAAAGUAAUGCUGCGAGCAUAAACAUUCGGCCUCCAGUGUCCAGUGAGGCAGCGCUUCCUCCCAGUGCUCAAGAGGAUGGGAGCUGAGGAACCCCGGUCUCUGCUCGCGGCCCUAAUCAUGAGAAACCUGGGUCUUUGACUCAUCCUUUCUGCCCUGACUACAAGUCAAUUCUGCCAUAUGUUCUGAAUGUGGAUGAAUAAACCUGUCUCCCUAGA